GGAGGUGCUGCGAGAAUUAUUCUUAGGAUAGUUGCUAAAAUUAUUUAAGAAUUUAUUUUAAAAUAUAGUGAAAAUUUGUAUUGUAAAUCGGCUUUCUAUUAAAUAUAUCUUGUUCUUUGAAAGCUUCAGUGAAUGUUAUUUAACUUUAAAUGCAUACACAAAUUUGCAUUCCCUUGUGUCUGCAAAAUUGUAUGUGCACAUAUCUACUAAGAUUAAGGAGUCUAGUGUAAUAAUUCAUUUAAGAUAUUGUUAAGAGUCAAGGCGCCAAAGUUUUACUAAAAUAGUUAUUUUAACUUUUAGCAGCACCCUAUACACACAUUAAAAAUAUGUAUCCCUAAACAGGAUAAAUAUUUUUUCCACCUACACACCCCUUUGAAAAAAUCAAUCCUAUGUAUAAUGAACAGAAUCAAUUAACAAAAACCAACAAAGGUUAAAACAGUAAAUUUAUUAUUGAAACUUACAUACAUUAAGAAGUAACGCUAUAGUCGAGUGAAGCGACUAUGAGAUACUGACAGAUCAGUAUAUAUUUAAUAACCAUAUACUUUUACUUCCAGACAAAAACACUAAACAUAUAUUUAAUGAAGCAUAUAUUUUCUUUUACAGCGAGGAUCCGACGAUUAUAGUUUUAAUAUUUUAUUCCUUUACUAAAAAUAUUUAUUGAAUAUAUAUUUUUUCAGAAUGUAGGAUCCUUAGACCGCUGUACUGUUGUUCACCGUGUCCUUUACUAGUCCGAUGGUCAGUUCCUCCGUCUGUCUGUCCGUUCAUGUUUCCGAUUGUCUGUCCGUUCGCCUGCUUGUCUGUCCGUUUGACUGUCCGUCCGAUCUUUAUCCAUCUGACUGUCCAAUUGGUCUGUCUGUACAUAAAGGCUUUAAGCCACUCCAAGCUCCGCUCUACAAACCUAUUAGUCAACAAAAUGAAUACAUGUGUAUAUUUUUACAAAACUUUUUUAAUAUAGUUAAAAGUUAUGUCUUUACAGGUUACCUAAACAUGCAUUUGGUUGAUGUUUAUUUACCAAUCCGUUAAAUAAACAUUAGCCAAGGAACUGGAACGGGAGCACAAGAGCUCCAGAGCACUUAUAAUUAUAAACGAUUUUAAAAGGUUGUCUUUUCCUGGUAAAAAUUUAGGCUUUUAAACAAAGAGUGUGUGCACCCUUUCACUUUAUUAGCAAGAUAUGCGAUAUUCUCUGAGUCAAAUAGAUUUUCCAGGGUUAAAAUCUGGUUUUAUCUUAAAGAUAGCUAAGAGUGGGUUUCGUUUUUCUCUUUUUGAAAUUUAAGAGUUAAUUGUCUUCAGACAUUUUGGCCACUUUUUACAUUAGUCUGAAGAGAGAUCAUUUAUGUAUCUUUGGAAAUAUUUUGCCCUUAUCAAGAUGAAAGGAUAAUUAGAAUCAAAACCCGAUCAAAAAAUAGAAGUACAUUCUCGCAGUUUUGCUCAUUUGUUAAGAAACAAGGGUUUUUCCAUAACGAUUAUAAAUUGCAGUCUCCCAAAAUGCAUCGGAUACAAGAUGACGAGUAUUCCGAGGAAGUGAAGGAAACCGACUUUAAGGGUUCUAUUCAAAAGGACAUAUCGGCGAAGGCGCGUCACCAACUUUCCAUACCAGAUAUUUGCUCAGAUGCCGUCAAGAACAACUGCUUUCCGCCGACGGGCUUCCUGAAUAACUCGAUAGCCUUUGCAUCGCACGUCAUUAAGUGCAGUUCCCCGGCAUCGAGUAUAGAUGAGUCUUCAUCGGCGGCUCAGCACGAAGCCAAUCCCCACAUGCACAUACAGGGCCAGCACAUGAUGGCCCCCGUUCCCGAUCUGGGCUUCUAUAAUGUCCCCGAGUUUAUUUCAGAACAGGAGAAGCUCAUGUUCUCCGACGCCGAGAGGUUCCUGAGGUCAAAGGACAACGAGGUGUGCGGCAAUGAUUUCAGCUACAUGCACGACGAGUUCGCCAUGCGAAAGUACUAUCAUCCUCUAUUUGCUCAUGGCAUUUGCCGAUGGCCCGGCUGCGAAAUGGAUCUGGAAGAUAUCACAUCAUUUGUAAAGCAUCUUAACACUGAACACGGCCUGGAUGAUCGAUCCACCGCUCAGGCUCGCGUUCAGAUGCAAGUGGUCUCCCAACUGGAAUCCCACCUUCAAAAGGAACGAGAUCGCUUGCAGGCCAUGAUGCAUCACUUGUAUCUGUCCAAGCAGCUUUUGUCACCCACCAAAAUUGACAGAAAGGACGUUUCCGGAAGAGAGGGAAAGUUUUGCAGAAGUCCACUCACAAUCAACAGCAUAGGUCGACCGAUCCGACAAACGAGUUCUCCGAACUCUCUUAAUCUUCCCAUAGUUAAUUCCAACAACUUGUGCUCGAUCAAGAAAAGAAGUCACGACAAAAACUCUUUCUCUAUAAAUGGUGGUCUACCUUAUAUGCUUGAAAGAGCAGGUCUUGAUGUCCAACAGGAAAUUCAUCGGAAUAGGGAGUUUUACAAAAAUGCUGAUGUACGACCACCCUUCACCUAUGCAUCCCUCAUCAGACAGGCUAUAAUAGACUCCCCGGACAAGCAGCUAACCCUUAAUGAAAUUUAUAAUUGGUUCCAAAACACCUUUUGUUACUUUCGGCGCAACGCAGCUACAUGGAAGAAUGCGAUACGUACAAACCUAUCCUUGCACAAGUGUUUCGUACGAUAUGAGGAUGACUUUGGCUCGUUUUGGAUGGUCGACGAUAAUGAGUUUGUCAAGAGGCGGCACCUGUCGAGAGGUCGACCCCGGAAAUAUGAACCGUCCUCCUCCCCGAAUUCCUGCCAAUCUGGCAAUGGUUUGCCCACUGACAAGAAUCCCUGCGAUAAUUGUCCCCAGCAUUGCUCUAGUUUGCCCCCGGGGGCUGAGAAUCCGAUGGAUUCGAGUAAUCCAAACGAUCUUGGUAGGAUUGGUUGUCUUCCCUUUUGUGGUGGUGAUGGUUUAGGUAAGGCGUCCAAGGACUAUAGCAAUAUGGAAUCGGGUAUGGUUGAAAGCAACAGCCAUCUAGCGAUGGAUGAUUACCCUUCUAAUAUGUACGAAAGUAGUGCCAAUGAGCUUAAUCGAUAAAUGUAUCACUAGUUCUAAUAAUUUAGAUGCAUUGUCGGAAUAUCUGAGUUAUCUAGGUCAGAAGGUUCGGAUUCGGAAAUUAUACUUGUAUAUACACAUAGUUCUAAGUAUAAUUUCCUCUAAUGUAAUAAGGGAAAUACAUUUAAAAUAAAUUACAAAAUUGCACCAACAUAAAGAAACUAUAAUAUUAAUUUAUUGAGUAUUGAAGCACAAUUAAGUUGUUAAUUGUGCUUUAAUAAAUAAAGUAACCAAGGAACUAAAAUAAAUUUUAAAAGAGUUUCGUGAUUUUCGGCCUCUUUGUUGUCCAUUGCUUUAAAAAUUAUAAUUACAUUCCAAGUAUGUAAGUAUUUAUAUGGGUAACAGGUGUACUUUUUUCGCCGAGAUACUGGUAACUCUCUAAACGGGUAAAUUUUCGACAUACUUAUUAAUAAA